AUGAAGACCCGGCUGACGUACAUAUACGAGGGAGACAAUGAAUUCGAACCGACCCAGACAGCCUUGAACGACACCGCGCUCUCGCUCCGAUCGCUGAAAGCUGCUAAGCAGGAAAGGAUCUUAUUCGACUACACCGAGCUCCCCCACGAGAUACGACAAGUGCUGAAGAAAUGCCGGGACCUGCGCAUUCGCUGGGCCUCCGAACGACCGUACGCUGCCGUUGCGCCGUUUAGUAGCAGAGUCUCGCCGGGACUGCAUGUCGUCUACACACCAGCUAACAGCGGCUCGUCCGGUGAACCCCUGUGCCGUCUGCUCCAGAAGACCUUCAGCGAUGAGAUAGACUGCACCGUUUCUCCGCUAUUAUCUUCGCCCGCAUCCUUCAUAUCAACGACUGACUCGGUCCCACGAUUAAAAUUCCACACGCUGCUCCCGUCCUUACCCCGUCUCCUCAGCUACGUCAACCAAUAUAUCUGUCAAGAGGAUGCCGAAUGCCGUAAUCACGUUGCGUCGAUCUCCUCGGCUUCGUCACUGGAUAUAGACUAUAGUGACUCCACGGCUCAUCUCAUGGUAGCUGCAUAUUGGGCUGAAGCUCCGGUGAAAGAUGGCUGGACGGAAGUGAUCAAGCAGCCCAAGGACGAUCAAGACAGGGUUGAGAUUGGUAUUUUAGCUGAACAGAAUCGAAUAAAACCAGAGGAAGUGAAGGUAGGCGGAUUAUUAGCCGAUGUAGGCCGCAAAGGAGAACUAACUCCCACCCUCUUCGGCUUUAACUCGCGACACCAUCCUAUACAAUCGACAUAUCGGACUCAAUUCCCAUCGCCAACUGGACUUCAUCCAACUCUCCAAAUCUCCAUACCGCAAUCCUCCCUUUCCCCGCCAUCUGAACUACCGCAGGACACAACCUGCUCCUUAUACACAUACCUCAGCCUCCCAUCGACAAUAUUCGCAGACAAAUACCAACUAUCUACCAAAGAUCCGCUGUUCCUCCAAUCCCAUAACCUCGUCUCCCUACAUAGCAUCCAAGGUGAAACCGACCUCGAAGCUCCAGACUGGAUAACUCAUCAGUGGGGGUCCAAUCUCCUCCUAGAACUAGCAACGCCCGCAUCGGACGCCAUAUCAGAUUCCGCUCUCACCAACGACGAAUGGAAUAUAACUAUCCCCCUCCACCUUCGAUAUCUCCACCCUUCACCGUCCGGAUACCGCGAUAUAUAUAUCCCCUGGCCAGUGGUAUUUUGGGCAUGCGCGAAUGAAGACGAGGCCGCAGUUGAAAAGCAGAAAAUUAAUCCAUUUGAUCGCGUGAGCUUGGGUUGGGAGUCGAGUUUUCCUGCUCAAACGACUUAUCAUCAUCUUCAGCCUUCUCCGCCUUCUUCGGUGCCGGAAGAUACUGAUAACCUGCUUGUCGAGACGAUUACUGUUCCGGUUCUGAACAUGGGUCACGAUACUCAACGCAUGGAGAUCCAGGUAGGAACUGCCAUGAUUAUCAUUGGCGGUUUCAUGUGGGUGCUAUGGAAGUUGGGAUUAAGAGUAAACGCUCCGGGUUCAGCGCAGGAUGAGCCUGAAGAGAGCAAGAAGGAUCAAUGA